AUGGCGGACAUUCGGACUGAGCGUGCCCACCAAAAGCAGCUGAUCAUCUUUCAAAACAAGAAGAGGGUCCUGCUGGGAGAAGCUGGCAAGGAGAAGCUCCCGUGGUACUACAAGAACAUCGGUCUGGGCUUCAAGACACCCAAAGAGGCUAUCGAGGGCACCUACAUUGACAAGAAAUGCCCCUUCACUGGGAAUGUGUCCAUUCGAGGGCGGAUCCUCUCUGGUGUGGUGACCGAGAUGAAGAUGCAGAGGACCACUGUCAUCCGCCGAGACUACCUGCACUACAUCCACAAGUACAACCGCUUCGAGAAGCGCCACAAGAACAUGUCUGUACACCUGUCCCCCUGCUUCAGGGACGUCCAGAUCGGUGACAUAGUCACAGUGGGCGAGCGCCGGCUUUGCCGGCCUCUGAGCAAGACAGUGCGCUUCAAUAUGCUCAAGGUCACCAAGGCUGCCGGCACCAAGAAACAGUUCCAGAAGUUCUGAGGCUGGACGUCGGCCCGCUCCCCACAAUGAAAUAAAGUUAUUUUCUCAUUCCAAAAAAAAAAGAAAGAAAGAAACUGGAAGAGCAG